CCUCUCGCUUCCUUCUAGAUCUCUCCUUCUCCCCCACCCUUCCUCCGUUCCGUUUCAUAGGCGAGGCAAGUGAGUGGCAAGAACCAUCGAUCGAUCCCAACGAGGAAGCAAGAGAGUAGCACCUAUGUCGUCGGGCGAGUUCAUGUUCCACGACGAGCUCGCGUCGCUCUUCACGCAGCGCCCGGGCCCUGGGAUGCACCAGCAGCAGCAGGACUCCUGGUUCGCCGACUUCAUGCAGAUGGAUCACGGCCAGCUGUGCAGGGAGCUGGAGCUGGAGCUGCCGCUGCCGCUGUCGGUGGAGGACUUCAUCAAGCGGGAGCCGGUGGUGGAAACCGCGGGCGGCGCCCGCACGCCCAGCGCCGGCGCCGGGACGCCCAACGCCACGUCGUCCAUGUCGUCCUCGUCCAGCGAGGCCGGCGGCGGCGGAGCAGGAGCGGGGGAGGGGGACUCCGCGGGCGGCUGCAAGAAGGAGGAAGGCGGAGGGGAGGACGGCAAGGGGGACGGCGACGAUGAGGGUGACAAGGCCAAGAAAGGGGCGGGUGCCAAGGGAGGCAAGGCGGGCAAGGGCGAGAAGCGGCCGCGUCAGCCGCGAUUCGCCUUCAUGACCAAGAGCGAGGUCGAUCACCUCGAGGACGGCUAUCGCUGGCGCAAGUAUGGUCAGAAGGCCGUCAAGAACAGCCCAUAUCCAAGGAGCUACUACCGGUGCACGACGCAGAAGUGUGUGGUGAAGAAGCGGGUGGAGCGGUCGUUCCAGGACCCGGCGGUGGUGAUCACCACGUACGAGGGCAAGCACACGCACCCCAUCCCCUCCGCGCUCCGCGGCAGCACGCACCUCCUCGCCGCGCAGGCCGCGCACCUGCACCACCAGCACCACGGCGGCCACCUCGGCAUGCUGCAGCACAUGGGCGGCGCCGCGGGCUCGCUCUUCGGACGCAGCGGAGGCAUCGACGUGCUCGGCGGCCUCCUGCAGCAGCAGCAGCAGCAGCAGCAGCAGCGCGCCAACCACGGCAUGACUCCGCCUAUGAUCGCGUCGACGCAGGGUCUGGCCGCCGGAUCGAUCGGCAGCGUGGGGAGCGCCACGGCGGCGGCCGCCUCGUCCCCUCCGUCGCUCCAGAUGCAGCACUUCAUGGCGCCGGAAUUCGGGCUGCUUCAGGACAUGCUGCCGUCCUUCAUCCACGGCGCCGGCGGCAACAACAACAACAUCCACCCCUCGUCACCAUAUGGGAAGCUUCACUAAUUAGAUCGAUAGCUAAGCUAGCUAGAGAUAAGAUUUGGUUGGUUCUUGCAGCUCAAUUAACAUCCCCCGGCCGAAUCCAUCUUGUUUUCCUUGAUUAUUUUCGGCUUGUUUCCGGUUCUUGAUUUGUUUCCUCACAAUCGAUCCCGUGAUGCGAGAUGGUACACAGAAUGAGUUUUUCUGUGUCUCGCAUCAUUCCGAUGGAUCUAGCUAGCUCGUCUCGUAAUAGUAGCACUGUACUAGCAGUUCAUGUACAUGUAAGUACCUAAUUCCCCAAUCCAUGCAUUGCAAAACCCUGUUGCCGGUACUGA